CUAUCAGAAACAAAUUUGUUUGUCAAAGGAGAAAAAGAAAUCUUGUUUUCCUGACACUCCUACGUGUGUCCUCAUGUACAACAUGGUCUCCAGUAAUGGAUUAAUAGCAAUAAGUCUAUAAUAACAAUAACUUACAGUGAUUAAACUCGCAUACAAAUUUCCACAGGGUUUAGUUGGGUCACCAGGGUUUUAGGACGACAGAUGGAAAUGUGCUCAAGCGCUCUCAUCCAUUUGGCCUGUCUCCAUGUGUGUAAGGAUACACUCUUUUAUUGUUCCACACCCCUAGCAUUUUAUAAAUGUGGCAAUUAUCAUUCUCUUUGGUCAUGAUUACCACUAGAUCUAUUAUAUACUAACUUUAAAAUGCAUUACUCCUCGCUGAAGCCAUUAUGCCAAAUUCUGUAUCUGGAAAGUCAGCUAAAUGCGUUUAACUAUCAUGCUUCAUAAAUCACGUUGUCCAUCUCCACUGUAGUGGAGCGUAGCUUGGGUUAACUGUUUCCUUCCUCUUUAAAAGAACGAUCAAAUAUAAACACCAUUAAGCCAUAGUGCAGGCGCUGAUUUCUAUAGAAUUGGUUUACUUGAACUUUAUUGCAUCGCUGAGUGCCCCAUUAAGAUACUGUGGAAAGUGCCAUAAUUGCUUUUGAAGAACUCUGUGCAAAUGGACUAUUGAUGCACCCAGUCGGGGUAAAAGUCGUCCUGUAGGCCUACAAUCAAUUUACAUGAAAAAUAGCUAAAUCACUCUGAUCAUGUGGCAAAGGCCCAAAACGUUGCAUAAACGUGCAGGUGAUCGCGUAUAGACUUUUGGAGACGCGCUUCACGCGCACGCCGGUUAAUUGAGUUCUGUUGCUCACUCCAGCCUUAAUUGGUUAACCACGAGAGCUGUUGUUUAAUGGGGCGAGCACACACCUGCUGAAGCCUAAUGGCCAGCAAACACGGCGAGAGUGCAGCGACUCCGUGUGCGGGGACCGUGGGCCGCUAAAUGGUGUUAAAUGAUGCAUUUACAGAAGUGUAAUGGGUACAUUUUAAAAGUCAGAAAAGUGUAGACAUGAAGAAGAAAAAAAGCUUGUGGAAACGGACUAUGUUUAUUGAGCUUUUCAUCCGAGUUUCCAAGACAACUGUCUCUCCAUGCAGGUCUCUUAUCUUGCAGGUCAACCAAUGUUUGCGCCCAUACGUAUCGAUUCAUCCGCGGAGUGCAGACCAGAGAUGCAUCCAUAUACAUUGGUCGAUGACAUAUUGCGUGAGGACAAUCCUACACUACCUGUACAAGAGAAAACAAGUUUCUGCUGUGCGCGCAAGAACUUUAUAAUUUUUUCUUGAGGCUGGGUUUUCGGAGAGUCAACUGCUGCCUGUUGCUGCUGCGGGGGCAGACAGGUGUGCGCCAGGUAAACGUUGCGCUAUUUACAGAGUAGCAUUGAUUUACGCGCUGACGGCCGUUCUGUUCACUUUACCGAACAAUCCCACAAGCUGCAGAAUAUCCUGGAAACUGACGGCUGUAGGUCUGCAAACAGUGAAGCCAAUGGCUUUGGUGCUGUAGAGUCACAUGGUGGCAGAGUGACACACCUGUGUGAAGCCGCGUGGGCCUGGCAGUUGCGCCAGAGACAGGUAUAGAGCAGUAGGUUUACCCCGAGGAAAGGCGCAUGCAGGUACGGUACAUGUGCGGGUCCUCGGAAGCCAUGAAUCGGGAAGAUCAUUAUUAUCCUUCUCAGGUUUUUAAAGACUCCUGUGCCUACCAGAGAUCACAGGGGGACGACUACAGCCACAGCCCGCCGCCCUGCCUCUACAUGAGCAGGCAGGUCCACGCUGUCUACACACCGUCAGCCAUGGGAGCCUUGGAGCAGGCCAGCCUUCCUGACAUUGCCCCCUCUUACAGUCUACCCAUGCGGGAGGAUCCAGGUGUGCCUCAGCUCCACCAUCCCCAGGGGCUCCAGCAGCAGCCUCUCCCACCUGCUGCAGGCUAUGGAGACACGGGGGAACAAGGCAGAUAUCACCUCCCUUUCCCCUGGAUGAAAACCACAAAAUCUCACUCGCACACCUGGAAGGGACAGUGGUCAGGACCAUACGUGAUGGCGGAGUCUGAGGAAAACAAACGCACGAGGACCGCGUACACGCGCGCCCAGCUGCUUGAGCUGGAGAAGGAGUUCCUGUUCAACCGCUACAUCUCGAGGCCGCGCCGCGUGGAGCUGGCGCUGACCCUGAGCCUCACGGAGCGCCACAUCAAGAUCUGGUUCCAGAACCGGCGCAUGAAGUGGAAGAAGGAGGAAGACCGAAGGAAGGUGAGGGGGUCCGACCCGGAUCAGGACUCAUCUAUCACCUCUGGAGACCAGGGGGAGGCCGCGGGAGGGGUCACCUCUACGAACGGACCUCACACCACUUCACCCCCCGUUUCCCCGCUGCACUCCCUCUCCGCACCUGCGACCGGAGAGCCCGCAUAGACCCGCAGCAGGUUCAGACUCUUGGUGCAGGGAUCUUUUUUUUUGGAAAACCAAAUAGCAAGAGACGUACAAUCCGCAUUUAAGGAAGUCCUAUUUGAGUGGAAUCAUAUAAGAAUAAUGAUAGGGUCAGAAAGGAGAAACUAUUCUCUUAUAGUUAUUUACAUAAAGUGCUCAUUUUCCAGGGACCCCCUUGAACCUUCUCACGGACCACCUUUGCCUUAUUAUUGGAUACCACUGCCUGUCUGGGCUGAAGGAACACAUCUUCAUUCCACAUCGUGCAUGCUUGGAGUUUUUUGGUUACCAUGAUGGCAUGCUGAGACAACCUUAUCAUGCAAGGACCAACUACUUAUCCCCCUUAUAAAGAAGCGACAUGGAUUCAGUUGCACAAACUGAAGCAUGGUCUGAUCAUGUAUUACAGUGAGUGCAUUGCUUUUCACCUCAGACAUGUGAGUAGUACAAUCGUGUUUAUGGAUGUCUAUAUGUGUAUAGG